UCCAAAAUUAAAAAAAAUUCUGAUGCUUCCAAAGAAAAUCCAAAGACGAGAGACGAGUAUGAAGAAAAGAAAAAGGCGUGCCGAUGGGAUGCAGUGACUGCUAAAAUAGCAGUAAGUACGAAUGAAGACAAGUCCAAACCUAAGAAGAAAGAGAUAAAGUGCAAAAUGAACACAAAUCUUAUGGUCACUCGACAAAUGUCAAGAUCAAAACCAUCUAAAGCAGCUUCGGAAGCUACACAGCACUUAGUUGAGAAAGAAACCGAUAGAGAGCGCCAUUUUACAAAAGCCCAAAAUAAAAAUAUUCCGGCACCUGAAAGGACUACUGCUAUUGGACGUUAUAAUAAAACUUCCCAUAGAACGUCUAAUAUUGUCUGUGAUCAGCUGUGGACAUCUAUAUUCAUCACUGGACAUGAGAGAGAAGUGGAUGAAGGAAGUAGAACUAAACAUCAGGUUUCCCUAUCCAGAGAGUCUGCAGCGCAAAAGAAUUCAAGAUUAAAUACCAGCGUGAAAUCAUCUAGAGACGUGGUGCCACCAACCGUAGAGACACCUUUAAAGAAAACAACACAGAUAGCUCCUCCAGAAGAACACAAGAAGAGCCAGAAAAAAAAGAUUCAAGAAAUCGAUCAACUUGGAGUCCUGUCUGAGAGACGCUCUAAGGAACUGAAGCUUCUGAAAAUGCAACUUAAGCGCGCAUGUUUAGGAUUCGAAGCAUUUAGUAUUGUCAUCAAAUACUUGACAGAUGAACUAGAUAACCUAUCCAAAUCUCGUACGAUAACAGAUACAAAGAAAACUCAAGCUGACGUUUGUAAGGCAGAAACUCGGUUUCAUCGUUACGAGACUCAAUUUGAGCACCUAAAGCAAUACCAUGCGGAAGAUUUACAAAGUCUUACCACCAUGUUGGCAGAACUCCACAGGAAAGAAACUGAGGAACUGACUCUCACUUACCAGAAGAAAAUUAGAACCUUGAAAGCCAAUCAUGAAGAAGAGGUUCGAGACUUAAAAAACAUUCAUGUCAAAUCUAUUAGAGAUGCCCAGAUUAGAAAUAAAGCAGCAGUGGAUGCCCUGAGAGAACAACAUAAUCGGAUAAUUGAAGAUCUGGAAAAGGACUUCACCACCCAACUUCAACAGGAAGUAGAAGGUCACAAGAGGUCUCAGACUUCUUUGCAAGAUCAGGUGAAAGAACUGAAAAAACAGUGUAAAGAUCUCCAACACGAAACAAAAUAUAUCGAAGGCACACUCCAACAAGACACCAACAGUAAAUUACAGUGGGCCCUUGCUCAAAAAGUAACACUACAGAAAGAAGUCGACAGUUUGAGGGCAGUGCUAGAGAUAAAGGUUGAAGACAUUCAUGAACUACGGACGGAAAACCUGGAAAUGAAGAAAGAGUUGGAGAAACUUCCAGUUGCUAGGCAGCACAUUCAGAAACUGAAGGCGAGGAUUGAGGACUUACAAGCUGUUGUAGAUGAGAAAGUACGAAUUGAAAGACAACUAGCAAGUGAGAGUCAACAUUUGAAGGAAGAGUUUGAAAAGGAAUCAAAAACUAAUUCACGACUAUCGAUGGAGAAGGAAGAACUACAAUGGAGACUGAAACAAACAAUGGAAGCAAAUGUUUUACACUCAACAAAGGCUGAUUCAUCUUUAGACGUCGUGAACAAACUCUUGGAAGAUGAUUUAUUGAAUGAGCUUGAUACUAGUCAACCUGGUGGAGAAGAUAAUUUUUGCUGUUCUGGAUCAUUCAGUGUUGGGUCAAAAACUUUAUAUUCUACAUCGUCUACUGAAAAGAACAGCUCCUCCGCUUGUCUGCCUUCUUGGUCAUUACCUUGAAAAUAGUUGAAAAACAAAAUUCACGAUGGGUUAGUCAACUUUAAUCUAUUGAUAGAACAGUUAGACUUAAAAACGUACCAACCAUGUGUUUCAAGUGACCGUGUGGAGUGCAGAGCUUAAAAAGUAUAACUUUGAGUCAAAAUCUCAUGCAUUGUUUCCUUGUGAGUUAUCUUUAUAUAACAGAGCUCAACAGGACAGUCAUAUUACUGACAUAAUUAUGAUCAUCCAGAAGAUCACAAAUAUGAAGAUUAUCCUUCAUAUCGAGUAACGGGUCAUAAUCAUUACAAUUACUCGUCUUCUCUUCCUUUAAUGAAGUUUCCGAUCAAAAUGUACACAUAAAACAGGUUAAUGAUGGUUCUGAAGAACUAUUGUUAUCUGGAAUGGACAAUUGUCAAACUAAUGAAUCUUAGAUGGCAUUUUAUCCCUAGAAGUGGUAACCAGUGAAGAAUAUAAACACACCAAUUAAGGAAACAAUUCAAAAAUUUAGACUUUAAAUACAAUUAAAGACAAUGGGCUACUAAAGUGGAAAAGGCUCCCCUCGUUGCUUUGCUGAAAGGUUAUAGUCAAUGUAAAGAGGCUGAACUAUGUACGUUCCCGAGAACAAAAGACACGUCAGAUAAUAGAAAAAAGAGAGUUUAAAUCCUGUCUGGAAACUUGGAGUAGGUUAUUUAUACUCAAAGAAUACUACCUAGAAACCAAAUUGUUUCAUAUGAAACUCUUAAAAAUCCACAGAGUUCGGAUAAAUUAACGUCACAACAUUUAUUGGUUUUGUUUUCAAGAUUUCGUUACUACCACAGUCAGUUUUGCAAUACAUAGAAACAACUUUUUAAUUGAAACUUUUGUUACUUUCUAGCAGAUACAUAAGCAACUGAAUUGGUUUUUCAUUGAAUAAUUGUAAAUAAUUGUGAUUAUCAAAACAAUUAGUAAACUGGUUCCAGUGACAAGAAGUCCUCUAUUGGAUAAAACUCACGUUCAGAUUUAUGAAAAAUUAUGUAGUGUAAUGAAAGAUAUACUGAAAGGCCUGAAUAAGAUCACGAA